AAAUAACAAUUACCCAAUGUCUCGUCAUUUUAAGGACAAAAUGAAAAGUGACCCACUGACACAUAUCUCCAGUUGACGUAUUGUGUCAAUGGGUCACUUUGUGACAUUGUUCCAGGCAGCACUCCAACUCAACCAACAUUUUUUUACAGGGUACAGACUGUAUGUGUUUUACACAUUCCAGAGACAGAGAAUUGAACACCAGGGAUGUAAUCGGUGAUGAAACUAAAUGACUGGCUGAUGACCAGAGGAGGGAAGCCUAUAAAACAUACCGUUUGCAUCCAUGCAUUAUAUUUUGACUUGACAAGAGUAAAGGGAGAGUUCAUUUGUGUGAGAAGCAUACAGAGUAAGGGAGAGACAGAGACUCAUAGAGAGAGAGAGAGAUCAAGCGAGAAGAGGAUAGAGAGAGAUUAAAAAAAGAGUGAGAGGUAGAAGAAGGAACCAAAUUAGAGAGAUAAAGAGAGAGAUAAAGGACAGAAAGUAUAAAUAAGAGGGUGAUAGAGAUAGAGAGAGACCUGUUUGUGUGACCCUGUCCAGCAGAACCAUGAGUGGAUGUCCGUAUUUCCAGAGGAGAGUCCUAGAGACUAACGAUGAGGAGAGAGAUUACUCUCAGGAGGGAACCAACAAAGCCAGUAAAGGAGGGAUCAUCUAUGGAGAAUACCUGCAGCUGGAUAAGAUUGUGGCUGCUCAAUCUCUUCAGAGUGAAUUGAAAGGCAAUAAGAUUCACGAUGAGCACCUAUUCAUAAUAACCCACCAAGCAUAUGAGUUGUGGUUUAAGCAGAUCUUAUGGGAGCUGGACUCAGUGAGGGAUAUCUUCAUAAGCGGAGACGUGCAAAAUGGACGUAACAUGUUGAAGGUGACCACACGCACUCACAGAAUCAUCACAAUCUUCAGACUCCUGGUGGACCAGUUUGCUAUUCUGGAGACGAUGAGUGCUUCGGACUUCUUUGACUUCAGGGAGUACUUGGUUCCAGCCUCUGGCUUCCAAAGCCUGCAGUUCCGUCUUCUGGAGAACAAGUUCGGCGUUCCCAAUGAGCGGCGGGUUCCCUACAACCGGCAGCACUACCGGGAGAACUUCCAUGGCCAGGAGAGAGAGAUGCUCCUCCGCUCUGAGCAGGAGCCCACGCUGCUGCGGGUGGUGGAGCAAUGGCUGGAACGUACCCCAGGUCUUGAGGAGAAAGGAUUCAACUUCUGGGGAAAACUGGAGACCAACAUCACUGAGGGACUUAAGAGGGAGAGAGAGAAAAUAGAGAUGAGACCAGAGUCAGAAGACAAAGAUGAGCAGAUGGAGGAUUUCAUCAAGCAGAGAGACCUGUUUACAUCCCUGUUUGAUGAACAAAGACAUGAAGACCUGAUGAGAAAAGGUGAGCGACGGCUCUCAUAUAAAGCUUUGCAGGGCGCUCUCAUGAUCUAUUUCUACAGAGAGGAGCCUCGCUUCCAGGUGCCGUUCCAGCUGCUGACCUCCCUGAUGGACAUUGACGCCCUGAUGUCCAAAUGGAGAUACAGCCACGUGUGCAUGGUGCACAGGAUGAUUGGCAGUAAGAUGGGAACAGGUGGAUCCUCAGGGUACCAUUACUUGCGUUCCACCAUAAGCGACCGUUACAAGGUGUUUGUGGACCUGUGUAACCUGGCCAACUUCCUGGUGCCACGCCACUGGGUGCCCAAGCUCAACACUACGGGGGACUCCGUCCUCUCCACCACCGACACCAGCUGUGACAGCUCCUACUGCAGUAACAGCAGUGAAGACUCCGAUUAGACAUGGGGGACAUUUUAUUUAUUGAUUUGUGACUUUAUGUUAAUGUUGAUGACUGGCAGUGAGCUCUCAUCAAUAACCUUUUUGUAUUUAGUUUUUAUUUUUCUGAAAACCGAACCUGUAGUCAUAUUGUAUCGUAUCGAUAUCGAGAUAUCUGGCAUGAAUAUCGAGAUAUGAAAUUACAGUACCUCGUAAAUAACCUCUGUGUAAAAUCUUUACAAUAACUUGUGUAUUUUCAUAUUUUGUAGUGAUUUAACCCUAAUUGUAACUGGGAAAGAAAAAUGGUAGGCUGAAUGUCUUUACUUUCCAGUUAUGUUACCCAGGGGUGCGUCGGUCGACGGGGUUUGCUUCACAUAUAUAUAUAUAUAUAUAUAUAUACAUAUAUAUGUUAUGUGUAUAUAUAAAUGAGACUCACUUAAAGCAUAUUCUGUCAUCAUUCCAAAUAAUAAUAAAAAAUGACAUUUAAUUUACUGCCUCUCACAAAAGGAAAAAAAAAAUACGCAUGCAUCAUCACACAAACCAAAAAUCAUAAACUUCCUGUUACUGUAACCUUCUCAACCACUGUCAGGAUCUGGGCCAGAUUGAGUGGCCCAGAUCCUGGUGGCCAUUUUGUGUAUUGUUUUGUGUUUGUUCUCUUUUGAUCUUCUCAUGUGCUCUGUGUUCACCUGUCUGUCAUCUGUCCUUGUUUCCGCCCUUUCCCUUAGUUGGUCUGCACUUCCUGUCUUGUUUCUGCUCACACCUGUUCCCAGUUAUUGUCUUGUUAGUAUGAUCCGGUCCUGUCAUUGUGUUAAUUUGUGUAUUUGAACCCCCGUGUUCCUCUGUCUGCCCAUGUAAGUUUUUGUA